GGCAAAAUAGGGUUACGCAAAAUCGCAACGGCUAUUAAAUAGUUUCAUUUCCUUCCCGAAUUUAAAUUUGGAAAAUUCCCAAUCUUGCCUUGGAACACUAUCGUGUGAGAUCACGAUCCCUUUCUUUACGAAAAGGUUGCUGUUCAAGUCAACCAUAAAAGCUCCUACCGUCGAAUCAAUUUCAUCUCACUGGUAAAAAUAAUUCACACAAAUUUACUUAAUUUCCGUUUCUCGUUUCAAUAAUCGUCUUGUGCAGAAGCAGCAAGAUGAAUGACCUAAUGACGAAGUCGUUUCUGAGUUACGUCGAUCUGAAGAAACAAGCGAUGAAGGAUCUCGAGAUGGGGCAACUCGACCCUUCCCACGAAUUAAACCUCUCCAAAUUCUUCGAAGAAGUAGGCGCAGUCAAGUCCGAGAUGGACGAAAUCACCAACCUCCUCCUCCAUCUCCAACACCUCAACGAACACUCCAAAUCAAACCAAACCUCAAAAAUCCUCCGAGGAUUUAGGGAUCAGAUCAACUCCGACAUGGUCACGCUGCUUAGAAAAGCCAAGAGCAUCAAAUCCCGGCUGGAAUCCCUCGAUAAGUCCAACGUGGCUAAUCGGAGCAUCUCUGCGGAGUACCGACAGGGGAGCCACGUGGAUCGCACGAGGACCGGCGUAACACACGGAUUGAGGAUCAAAUUGAAGGAGGUGAUGAAUGAUUUUCAGUGUUUGAGAGAGAGGAUCGUUCAGGAGCAUAGGGAAGGGGUUAAGGCGAGGUAUUGCAGUGCCACGGGGGAGGAGCCGAGCGAUGAGAUGGUUGAGAAGAUGAUAUUGGAUGAUGGGAAAGGGGAGUUGUUUGAAGAGAAUAGGCAGAGGCACGGGGCAGUCACAGACUUGCAGAAGAGCUUGGUUGAGCUGCAUCAAGUUUUUCUUGAUAUGGCUGUGAUGGUUGAGGCUCAGGCUGACAAUUUGAAUAACAUUGAGCAGAAUGUGGUGAGUGCUGCUAAGGAUGUGAGGGGCGGGACGAAGGAGCUCGAUCGUGCUAAGCAGAUGAAGAGGAGGAGGGCUUGUGCCUGUUGGAUUGGAGUUGUGGUGCUGGUGUUCAUGUUGGUGUGCCUCAUUGCCAUUUUCUUCUGAAUUUUGAGAAUGGUUUUUAGGCUUAGGGAUUGAAGUGCAAUUUUGCCUUGAUGAUUUCUUUUCAUCAUUCAUGGUUUCAUGAGAAGCUGAUCACACUUAUAUUGGGAUUAUUGUUCUUUUUAUAUUUCAUCUUUUUGCUGUUUUUCAAGAAUGUAUGUACUCACUGUGUUGAAUACAAUAGCUUCCAGAAUUUUGAGUGUUGAUAGAAAUAUAUGAUGUCCAUUUUCAACUUUUUCAA